AUGGUCUUAUUCAGGCCCACGCCGCCGAUGUUGGACUUGCCGGGGGCACUGUGGGGCUGGGUCUACCCUCAAAGUCCUCUGCUAUUCAGAGAGGAGAGUGAUUGGCACCAUCGUGUUUAUCACCGGAAAAAGUUAAACCCUGAAAGAGAUAAGAUGGACCCCUGUGGGAUCUCGGAAACCAAGACUACACGAGUGGAUUUCUCGCCUUGCCUCGCCCUGCCUCGCCUUGCCUCGCCUUGCCUCACCUUGCUUCGCCUUGCCUUGUCUACUUUGAACGGUCAAAAUUCUUACAAAUUAGUCCAGUAG